GCCUUGAACCGCUGCUGUCCAUGUGCUGUAGGUAGACGCACAAUCUCCUUAGAGGGAAUUCCAGGAUUUUGACCCAAUGACAUUAAUGGAUGGUAUUGUGGGCUGUAAAAAUUGAUUGUUGAUUACAGUUCAUAACUUCAAGGCGUAGGUUCUACCCUGGCUAACUGUGCAACAUGGUAAUGCCUUCCCACUCCAGUAACUCGAUUGUUUGCAAGCAACAAUGUCUUUUGUCAUUGACUGCAUAAUGUUAUGAACCUACCAAAUUAACUGAGAUGGUCAUUUUGAGCUAACUGGGCUAUCUUAUUGCUGUUGGUUUUUUUUAAUGCAUUCAUGGGAUGAGGGCAUUGCUGGCUAGGCAGGCAUUCAUUGCCCAGAGAGCAGUUGAGAAUCAACCACAUUUUUGUGGGCUGGAGUCAUAUGUAUGUCCAGAUGAGGUAAGGACAGCAGUCUCUUUGUCUAAAGGCAUCAGUGAACUAACUUUUUUUUUUCUCACAAUCAGCAAUGCUUUCGUGACCAUGUGCUGUGGGAUUCAAACCUGGUUCCUGAGAACAUUACUAGGGUCUCUGCAUUAACAAUCUAGCAAUAAUAUCACUAGGCCAUCAUCUCCCCAAUUGGCAGAUCUUGCAUGUAAAUUAUCUUUUCACUAAAGUAUUUAACAGUUGAGUAAUUACUUUGAAACACUUUGAUACAUAUUGUAAAAUGCUCCAUAACUAAAUUCUUUCCCUUUCUUGCUGAACAAUGUAUGUGUUUCACCAGAAGAAUGUGCAUGUAAAAUCCAAGAUCUGUCAUCGUUUGAGCCCUGUAAAAACACCUGCUCCUCGAGCCCCACUACAAGAUGAAAACUCUGAUUCAAAUAAACAAAUGAAGUUUCAAGUCACAUGUACUGUAAGACGUGAAAUGCAGAAAGAGGAAGGAGAUGAACAAAACAGUUGUGUGUUUGAUGCUGACCAUUCCACCAAUCCCAGUAGGGAACUGAGCAGUGAAACAAACGUGAUCAUUGAGGAAGGAGCAGAAACUGCAGCAAAUGUCACCCAUACUGACAGUGAAACUGCUGUAAAGGAUGGGUCAGCUGCUGUGUGUUCUGUGGGCAAGAAAGGCCCUAAAACAAGCGCAAAACCUGUUCAGCGGAAAGGCAAAGGGAAAUCUUCAAAACCUACAGGCGUGAAAAACCCAGUGGGCCGGAAUCGCAAGGUCACUGAUUAUUAUCCUGUUCGCAGGAGUUGCAGGAAGUGUGAAGGACAGUUGAAGUCAGAAGAAAAGAAAAUAAUUGAUGAUCUGAUUCGCAAUGGGAAGGAAGAAGGAAUGAAGGUCGGUAUAAUCGAUGGAAAAGGUCGCGGCGUGAUGGCUACAAAACCUUUCCAACGUGGAGAGUUUGUGGUCGAAUACAAUGGCGAUCUCAUUGAAUUUACAGAUGCAAAGAAUAGAGAGGCUAAAUAUGCACAAGAUCCCUCCACUGGCUGCUACAUGUACUAUUUUCAAUACCUCAGUAAAACAUACUGUGUGGACGCAACAAAGGAAACUACACGUCUCGGCCGGUUGAUCAACCACAGCAAGAACGGAAACUGUCAGACCAAGUUACAUGAUGUUGAUGGGAAGCCACACCUUAUACUUGUUGCUUCUCGGGACAUCGCAAAGGGUGAGGAGCUACUUUACGAUUAUGGAGACAGAAGCAAAGCAUCAAUUGCUGCACAUCCUUGGCUGAAGCACUGAGCCAAAUUUCAACGUUUUAAAUGAGCAAAACUAUUUGAAGCAUUUGAUCCUAUGCUUGCUCUGAUUUGGGAUGCAGCACUUAUCAAAAUCGCCAAGAGAGGCUACUGGAUUCCAUGAGUACUGCUGAGGUGGUGGUCUGGCGUCUUUAGAACUUUUAUAUCUUAAUGCUUUUGUAUAUUUUGUACACCAGUGCGCUUUAGGAGCUUGCAGUCAUGAGGUAGGUUGUGUUUUUUUAAUAUAAAUAAUUCCAAAAUGUCCAGCUGUUGUACAGUUUUAGCAACCUAGGUCUGCUUUUGUGCUCUGAAUGAUAAAUCUUUUGCAUAUUUAAGAGAUUAAAUGUUAUAUGAACCACUUUUUUUAGAAAGCCCUCACCCCUCUAUUCGGAAUAAUGAAUUUGGUGUUAUUUCCAACUGGAAGCUGCAUUUGGACGUUUCUGAAUACAAAGUAUGAGCGUUGAUUUGCGUUAGCUGAGAUUUGAAUUUUUAAGGCAGGGCUUCACAUCAUAUGCCUGUGCAUGUGUUGUAAACAACUAUUUAAAGUUUGUAUACAGAAGCUUCAUGUUGAAGAAUAUUUAAAUAAACUCUGUGACUUAACUGCA